GGAAAAUAAAAUUUCUUGAAAAAAUUUGAGAAUAUGAGUCAAAGGCACGAUGCUCUGACACGUAGCCUAAGCGAAUGUUGUGAUUCACGACAGCUUAAUUUGAUUGAUGCGGAUAAGUUUACACGUUUCUAUCAAGUUCCAAGUAGUCGAUUUUCAAAUGAAACACAAGUUUUACAAUAUUAUGGUUAUAAAUUGGGACAACGAUUCGCUGAAGGUGGAUUUUCACAAAUAUUCUAUGCGACACAUACAGUGACCAAUAUUCAAGUGGCAUGCAAAAAAAUUGAUCUUCUAAAAACCAAAAGUAAAGCUAAAGAUACGGACAAAUCCAAAAUUGAAGAUUUAAAGAAUGAAUUAUUUAUAUUGAAAAAAAUAAAUAAUCCAUAUAUCGUUAAAUUGUAUGCACAUUUUGUCGUCAAUACUAAUCUAUUUAUAUUUCUUAAAUUGGCCAAUUCGGGUACAUUAGCUCGAUAUGUUCAUAUGAAAGUAGUUUUAAAAGAACGUGAAUCGCAAAUGUUAUUUUCACAGAUGCUUGUUGCCAUUGAAUAUAUUCAUUCAUUAAAUAUUGCACAUCGUGAUUUGAAAUUAGAAAAUAUUUUAUUGUUACGACAUCCGAAUAAUAAGAUAACCAUAUUGAUCACUGAUUUUGGUCUUAGUCGUAUGGUUUCAUAUGAUACUAAUGGAAGUGUUGUAAUGAAUCGCACAUAUUGUGGUACAAUUGAUUAUAUGGCACCGGAGAUAAUCAGUGAACGGCCUUAUAAUGCAUUAACGGCUGAUAUUUGGUCAUUAGGUAUUUGCCUUUACGUCAUGCUAAAUGAUACAUUUCCAUUUGAGGCAAAAAAUCCUUAUUAUCAAUUACAAUUACAAUUAAAACAUUGCUGGGCAUUUUCCGAUAAUGUUGCCGAAAAUCCACAGGAUAGUUUGAUUCAUAUUUUAACGCUAAUGUUAGAACCGGAUCCAUUGAAACGAAUUACAAUUUCAGCUCUAGUACAUCAUCCAUGGAUUGUUGAUGAAUAUCUGUUUGCAAAGAAUUAUUUUCAAAAUUUUAAUCAACUAAAAUCUAUACAACGUCAACAACUACAACAACGACAGCAAUCAAAACCACAACAACGAUUUUCUAAACGAUUUUCUAAACGCUUUUUUAAACGACCAUUUUUUAAAAAAAAGCAGGAAGCAUCACCGGAAAAAACUUCUAGAAAAUGAAUCAGAUUGGAAAAAUCAACCAUAAUAAUAAUAACAACAA